AUGCCGGUGCCGCCGAUAGCGCAGAAAAACCAAACCUGUUUCUCCUUGGUGUCCAUUUCGUGCGCGGGCAGAGGCGUGACACACGCGACCGCCGAUCCGACCGGGCAACUGAACCAACAAGCCCGCAGACAAGAAGACACGGUAGCGGGCACAGGUCCAAACGUCGACUGGCGGUCGCGGCUUCGUAAGAUUGCCUUAAACAACGUGCUGUUAGCCAACAACACGUGGGACGUGGCGCUU